AGAUAGUAUACAUGUGGAGUCCAAGAUGACAUUAAAAGAUGAAAAAUGGAACGAGCAUUUAACUGUCAAUACAUCCAAAUUACACAGGGAACUUGUCUCACGAAUAACAAUAGAGAUAAGAAAAAUUUACAAAAAAGUACAUCACUUCAGCUACGUAAUCGUGAAAGGUUUCAGACCUGGGAGCGUAGUUGUAGAUUUUCAGCUGAUAUUUUCGGGAAAAUCAGAAGCUCCUCUUGAACCGUUACACAAAGCGGCAAGCACUGGUCAACUUGGCAAUAUGACGUUUGAGAUGAAUGAAAGUGAAUCUGACGCUGACGACGACAAAGAUGGCCCAACAAACAAGAGGGUUCUCGUCGUCGUCAUUAUCGUUGUGAUUGUUGUCCUUGUUGUCAUAAUCGUUCUCGUCGUAUUGUUUCGCGUCAGACGACAGAGGACGAACAAGGUAAAAAAACUGACAAAGGAUAGAGCAGCCAAAGGCGAAGAAGUACCUUUGAAGUUAUUUGGCGAUGAGGCUAAAGACGAAAAGUGAUAUGCCGAACUUUCAACUUAUGUUCAGACUUUAGCAGCAAUUUUUUAAUCUAUUAUAUUUGUAUAACGUCAUUGUAACUUGUUUCCGGCACAUGUAUUCUGAUUUAUCUAUAUGUAUGAAGCACGUAUAAGUAAACUAUAUUAAAAGGGGAAUAAUAUAACUAUGCCACAACACUUUACGCUUUUUAGCUGCCGAACGAAGCACGAACGCUUGUUAUUGACAC